AUGCGGCGCCCAACAGCUCCUUCGGGCAUUCAGGUCAUGGAGAAGCCGGACCACACACCUGAUGAGUCCAAGGCGAAGCGUCCAAGCGCGUUGAAGGCUGUGCAACCUUGGGCCGUCGGUCUGGCAGGUGCUGGGCUUCUGAUAAUUUCCGGCGGUGUCUUCUGGCUUUGGCGUGAGGCGCAAGAGGAGACACGUGCCCUGCAUCCGCACAGCACGUCCUGGCACAAACGCGGUGGCAAACAGGUCUUCGAGGGCACGCCUGCAAGGGUCUUUGCAGAGCCAGCAGGGGAGCCGGAGUCCGACAGCCUUGAGGAUGUUCUUAGCAAGUUGGAGAGUGGCGAUGAGGCAGUGGCCUUGCCAAGACGGUCCCUGGCUACCAGGCAAAAGGAAGAAAAGAAAGCAAAGGCAAAAGAUGUGAAGAAGAAGAAGGCAGAGGCGGCCAGCGUGUCGCAAACAGACACCGAUGACGAGAAAGCGAAGGAUGUCAUUCGAGAUACCCUUCGAAAGUUGGAGGAAGAUGGACAAGGUGCCAAGAAGGGCAGCAAGACUAGGAAGACGGUUGAGAAGCUGAAAGCCUUGCUGGGUGAGGCCGACGAAGAACCCGAGCCACAAGAGCUCUCCGAUGAUCAGCAGUCGCAUUUGGACUUUGCCAAAGCGUUGCAGGAGGAGCAGAAGCGAAAGGUCCACGUGGAGAUGAAGACUGUCAGGAGCGAGUUCAAGCGAGACUUCGGGAGCGAUGCUCGGCCGUUGCUCUGUAGCGGCUGCAAGCUGGUCGCCGCGCGGCUCAGCAGCGAGUUAGACACUCACGAUGUGCAUGACCAGGAGAGCCCAGCGCAGAUGCUCGCCGCAAAGCGCAAGGCGAUUGACUCUACAUGCAGCAGCUUACGCCACUUGCAGGCCGUGAAACCUGCGGAGGGCGAGGGGAUUGCCCGCUUCGAGGCAAGCGAGGUCACGGGUGAAGGCGAGCGUGAGGGCAAGCGUCUGUGCGCUGCCAUCUUGGAGGAGUCGCGCUUUGACAUCCUGGCCAGGCUGAUCCAGAGAAAGAUCCCGGAGAUGCAGCACCUGGCCGGCGGCAGGAGUGGCCACAGCAAUUGGGAAAGGUGGCUCUGUGCAGAGCGCAUGCGCUUGUGCAAGCGGAGUGAGGUGAAAGACGAGGAAGAUGACGAAAUCGAGCAGGACCUCUGA